CCCAAAAAAUUGAGGAAAACUAGUGUUUUGUUGGUAAAUUAUGUGCUUUUGAAGUCAAGAUUUAUUUAUUUGAUGGAUAAAUAAGUCAAUUUGAUUGGGCUUCCACUUAUUUAUUCUUUCCAAUUCAAAAAACCGCUGACAAAAAAGAAAAUAUAAGAAAAAAGGGAAAUGCUUUCCUCUCUGACUUCUCUCAACGUUCCUCUUCAUCAAACAAAUCGCAACUCACUCAACCCAACUGCUGAUUCUCUCCUCCGUAGCUUUAGCUCUGUAUUUGAGCUUAAACAAGUCCAUGCCCAUCUCAUCAAAACCUCAACUCCUUUAUCAUCCAUCCCUCUCGCCCGUGUCGCCUUUGUUUGUGCUCUUACUCCCAGUCUUCCAUACGCCCAACGAAUUUUCAAUCACGUCGAGAAGCCCGAGACUGUCGUGUGGAACUCAUGUUUGAAAGCCUUCGCCGAAGGCGAAAAUCCAAAAAGUGCAAUUUUGCUUUUUUAUCAGCUGCGUGAGCUUGACGUCUUCCCUGAUAGUUUUACUCUCUCUUCUGUUUUAAAAGCGUGCAUGCAUUUGUUGGAUGUUUCAAAUGGAAGAAUUAUUCAUGGGUAUGUGGAGAAACUUGGGCUUCAGUCGAACAUGUUUUUGCAGAACACGGUUGUGAAUCUCUACGCGACGUGUGGGGUGCAUGGUGAUGCAAGGUUAUUGUUUGAUAAAAUGCCCCAGCGAGAUGUUGUAACAUGGAAUAUAAUGAUGACCCAUUUAGUGAAGUUAGAAGACAUUGAGGGAGCAUAUGAUUUAUUUUUACGGAUGCCUGAGAAAAAUGUGAGGUCAUGGACGUUGAUGAUAGCAGGGUAUGUCCAGUGUGGGAAGCCCAAAGAUGCUAUUAGGCUAUUUUUGGAAAUGGAAAAGACAGGUAUGAAGCCAAAUGAAGUAACCGUUGUGGCAGUUCUUGCAGCUUGUGCUGAUUUAGGUGACUUGAACUUGGGGAGGACGAUUCACGAGUACUCGAAUCAAAAUGGAUUUGAAAGAAAUAUUCGUAUUUCUAAUACUCUCAUUGAUAUGUAUGUCAAAUGUGGAUGCUUAGAUGGUGCUCAACAAGUUUUUAACAAGAUGGAAGCACGAACAGUUGUUUCAUGGUCGGCCAUGAUCGCAGGACUUGCUAUGCAUGGAAAAGCAGAGGAAGCUCUAAGACUCUUUUCCAAGAUGAUUCGAUCAGGUGUGAAGCCUAAUGAGGUAACCUUCAUUGGGCUCUUGCACGCUUGUAGUCACAUGGGAAUGAUAGAUGAGGGUCGUAAAUUUUUUGCCAGUAUGACUAAAGAUUAUGGUGUAGUUCCUAGAAUUGAGCACUAUGGGUGCAUGGUUGAUCUUCUCAGUAGGGCAGGACUCCUUCAAGAGGCACGUGAAUUUAUCAUGAAUAUGCCUAUCAAGCCAAAUGGAGUUGUAUGGGGAGCUCUUCUGGGAGGAUGCAAAGUUUACAAGAACAUUGAACUGGCUGAAGAAGCAAUCCUUCACCUCUCUGAACUUGAUCCCCUUAAUGACGGAUACUAUGUGGUUUUAUCAAACAUCUAUGCGGAAGCACAAAGAUGGGAAGACACUGCUCGGGUGAGGAAGUUGAUGAGAGAUAGAGGAGUAAAGAAGACUCCGGGGUGGAGUUCAAUCGCAAUUGAUGGAACAGUUCAUGAGUUUGUUGCUGGGGAUGAGACCCAUCCUCAGGCUGUGGAGAUAUUCAAGAUGUGGGACAAACUACUAGACAAGAUUAAACGUAAUGGAUAUGUUCCUGACACUUCGGUCAUUCUACUGGAUAUUGAAGAAAUUGAGAAGGAGAAGUUUCUAUAUCGGCAUAGCGAGAAAUUAGCACUGGUUUUUGGGUUGAUGAACACAGAACCUGAAACACCAAUUAGAAUAAUGAAGAAUCUUCGUGUUUGUGAAGACUGCCAUGCUGCAUUCAAGCAUGUAUCAGCAAUUUUUAAAAGAGAGAUAAUUGUACGUGAUAGGAACCGGUUCCAUUGCUUCAAAGAUGGUUCUUGUUCUUGCAGGGAUUACUGGUAAUAUUCAAUUUCAGAAAACAGUAUUUUUUGCCAAAUGGUUAUAACGAGCAUUUUUUAUUUUUGAAGUCGCUGUACUGUAGUAUAUCGUAGUAGAUAACAAAGGGCAGCUGUCUUGUAUAGCUGCCUUUUAAAGGUAAAAGAAAACUUGCGUUUACUUUCACAAAUCGAUAAAAUAAAUAUUAUUUAUUUAUGAA